AGAAAUAUGACCUGAAGUGCUUUCAGAGUGCCGACAACAUCUAGUUGUAUUUCCAUUUCACUUGAAAUUCUAUUGAACACCUAGCUGGGGAAGAUAUGAACAGUUGUGCCUCUUUAUUUUUAAUGUUUAAAAGGUUGCUUUUUCUGUGAAAGGAAAAUUAUGGGCUCUGAAGAGAAUAACACUGAAUUGUAUAAAAUAACCACUACUCAGCAAGUAAUUGCCUCUUGUUGUGGAGCUAUUGUUACAUCACUGCUGGUGACACCUCUUGAUGUUAUCAAAAUUCGAAUGCAAGCUCAAAACAAUUCAUUUGUUAACGGAAAAUCAUUUAUCUACUCCAAUGGUCUUAUGGAUCACGUAUUUGUCUGUGACAAUGGGAACAGCAAAGCCUGGUAUACGAAACCUGGUCAUUUCAGAGGGAUGUGGGAUGCAUUCAUGAAAAUUGUUAAAAUAGAGGGUAUUAAAUCAUUGUGGAGUGGACUUCCCCCAACAUUAAUAAUGGCACUUCCAGGUACAGUAAUUUAUUUUACCAGCUACGAUCAACUGAGUGAAGUUUUGAUAUCUAAACUAGGAAAAGACAGUGGCCACAUUCCAGUUCUUGCAGGCACCAUAAGCCGAUUAGGUUCAUUAACUGUAGUAAGUCCAGUGGAGUUGAUCAGAACUAAAAUGCAGGCUCGACGGUUAUCUUAUAAGCAAUUGCAAAUAUGCAUAAGUAAUACAAUAGCCAAAGAUGGUUGGUUUUCACUCUGGAGGGGCUGGUCUGCUACUGCUCUGAGAGAUGUACCUUUCUCAGCAUUGUACUGGUAUAACUAUGAACGCUUCAAGAAGAAGUUGUGCAAGAAAUUUGAUGCACGUGAGCCAACAUUUGUAAUCAGCUUUACUUCAGGGGCAGCAGCUGGCUCUAUUGCAGCUGCAGUGACUUUACCAUUUGAUGUGGUGAAAACACACAGACAAACUGAAAUCUGGUCGUAUGAGACUUUAAACGUGUCACAGAAGGGCUCCAAAUCAACAUGGACGACAAUGAAGAGAAUUUUUGCCGAGUAUGGGUUUACUGGAUUAUUUGCUGGUAUUGUUCCACGGUUGAUUAAAGUUGCUCCUGCUUGUGCCAUAAUGAUCAGCACAUAUGAAUAUGGGAAAUCCUUCUUUCGUAAAUUAAACAAACAAAAAAACCACAAAGAUAAAAAUUCUCACUCAAGCUAAGAUUGCAGCUACAGACAAGGUAUCUGGCCAAGAUUGUGUCAACUUAGACUGUUGUCUACAAUUAAAGUAUUCCAGAGUUACUGCGUAAAAGUCAGCCAUGACAUUUGCUAACCAGGUGCAAAUCCCUUUGCUUAGCACUUCCUCAAGGCUGAUUAUGCACCUUUAUUCAAAAAAGUAUAAGAGUACUAUAUGCUAUGUAAAUUCCUAGAACCAUUGUUUAAAAUUUCAUGUGAAUUUUCUCUUUACAGACCAUGCUCCUAGGAAGCAAAUUGAUAGUUUUGUAAUCAUCUUCAGAAAUGAAUAAAAAAACCCUUUAAGAUUGGUCAGAAAACAUGAACUAGUAUUUACCACCUGUAUUAAAGAAAAACAUUUUCUGUGGAAAAUGAGACUGAUAUGGAACAUGAUCAUUUUUGACAAUGUAUGUUAAUAUUUCUCUAAAUUGACUUUUAGAAUGUAUUUAUGCUCUGAUAAUCCUUUAGGAUUUGUGUUCAGAAAAAUAGACAAUAUGUAAGUAGACAUGGAAAUUCUUUCAUGAAUGCUCAAUCAUGUUUAAAUAUUUGCCCCUUCAAAAAUGGUUGUCUUAUGUCUUUGUUAAUUGCAAGUUAGGUUAAGUAUUUCAUCAGUGUUUCAGUGAAACUGAAGGUAGAAAGGGGCACCACCAAAUAGCCUUGAAACAGAACCCUAAAAACCAAUUACAUUUGGCCUAAUAUAUAUGCAGUUUGAAUAUGAUACAUAUAUUAUGCUAUAGAUCAGCAAUCCAAUAGUUAGGAAUCCUGUAACAUUCACUGUUCUUGAAUUGAUUAGAAACUUUACUCUACACAGCCUUGAGUUAAAUGAAUAAUCAGCAUUAAGUUGUUUGCCAUGUAACCCUCUGCAUAUUUUUCACUUUGAUUCUCUUGCCAUGUAACUUGGAAUUUCAAAGUGAAACAGUUUGGAUUCCACUGCAGAGCCAUGUGUUAAGCUGAUUAUCUGGUUAGUUGUUUAUAAAUGCUGGAAAUCAAAUUUCCCAUUUAGAGCUUGAUCCUAGUUUUUUGCACAUCUAAAAUCUCCAGAGGGAAGCUUUGUGAUGUACAAAGCAAGGUAUGAUGGAGCCUGCAGCAGUGUAAAAUGUGCUACCUAUGUUAUGUGCAAUCCUAUGACUAGUUUUUUUUAAAGUACAGUGGCUAUCCUGCAAAAGAAUUCUAAAUAAUAAAAUAUCUUGGAUAACUUUUGGGUGCGUGCAAGAGGCAUGAUGAAAGCUUUCACAAGCUAACGUCAUUUCCAUAGCAUCCAAGGACCACAACCUGUUUCUUUAAGAAUUUGCAUUUAAGGUUUUGGGGGAAGAGGAAAGGUUAAACUUUGUGUUGGGCUCAUCUUUAUCACCUAAAACUUAAAAUAUGUAUGUAAUCUACAAUUCUUAGGAAGUCAGAUAGAAAUCACCAUUCAUUUGCAGUUCUUCAGGUUUUUAUCCUUUCAUUAAUUUUUAACUGCCAUUUGUUCCCACUGAUCACAUUGUGCGCUUUGUUGCUAUAUUUUUUGAACACUGCUAGUAUAGUGACUAGAUGUUGCCUUUCUUACUUGUGGAGUUGACUAAACUGAGAGAGUACCCACUGAAAGUUAUGAAGCCAUAGAAAAAGAGCUUUUUUCCCUUGUGGGGAAAAAAGAGUCUUGCACCAUUAUUUUGUAGCCAUAAAAGAUGAGGAUUAAGAACCCCACAGGUUUAAAAGCUCCCUGUAUUUCUGAAGCUGAAAAAAGGAUGUAGAAUAAAGAAUGGUGUGAGGAGGCAGGAAAAUAAAUUCUAAUUCAAGUGAGCCAUAAAGAAUUUUCUCUCAGGAUAGUUUACACUUUAAUGAUACAAAAAAAAAGCACUUUAUGAAAAAUACAUACAUCCCAGUAAAAAUAUGGAACAUUCAAAUAUUUUCUAAAUGGAGAUAAACAAUGCAAUACAUGUUUAAUCAGCAUUUAAAUUAGUUCAUA